GUCACUUCUGAUUUGCCGUAGUAUUGUGAUGUGAAACCAAGAUGGCGUCUACGGAAAGCGAGUUACAUUUGUAUACACAUUUUUAUUUAACGCAUAAUGUUUUUUAAUUUUAGUUUGUUCUAUGCCAGUACUAAAUGAACAAUACAUUCUGACAGAAAUUCAGUUUGGGCCGAGAGUGGUGUUGCUAAAAAUGGAUGGCUAGCUAGCAUGAUAGCAGUAGUAUCUAGCUAGUAUGCGACCAGUUUAGUACGGCAAUAACUAUUAUAUUCACAAGUUAACUCGCUGUAUUAGCUAUCCUAAAAGCAUGACGGAGGCUCCGCGUGAGGACGAACUGCGGCCGUUGCCACGUGAGCGGGGGAUUCUGGAAAGUUUCUUCACGCAGCUCGGAAUGUUCUCGUUCGACCGAGCGAAGGACUAUGUGGAGAAAGAGAAGGACAGCAACAAGAGCGCAGCGGCCAUCUGGGCCGCUCUCCUCGCCGCCUUCGCACACCUUUCCGCAGCGGAGAAGGCCUAUCACAACAUGACGUUCCUGGGACAAAAGCUGGGCGGCCAGUCGUUCUUCAGCCGCAAGGACUCCAUCCGCACCAUCUACACCUCCCUGUUCAAUGCGCUGAGGAAGGUGGUUAUCAUGGGGCGCCACGCCCAGCCAGGCUCCGCACCCUCCCUGGAGGACCUGCUGUCUCAUCUGUCGGAGCAGCUGUGCCACUUCACCCAGGCCCGCAUGGAGAUGGCUGACCUGUACGAGAAGAUGCACGCGCUGGGCAGCCAGAAGAACAUCAACUCUGAGGAGCUGGUCGCCACCCUCGAGGCGGUGGUGCAGAAAUACAGCUCCAGAUUCCACCACCCCAUCCUGGGCCGCUUGGAGGGGGGCUUCCAGACAGAGGUGGAUGUGGUGACACAGCUCCUGCGCUGCCAGGCCCAGGUGUCAGAGUGGCACUUUCUGCCCGCCCUGCUCAGCCUGCAUGGGGCUAGCUCUAAGCUGACCGCCUGGGGACAGCUCUUCCAGCGCCAGAGGGAGACCCGCAAGCACCUGUUCGGAGGCCAGUCCCAGAAAGCCGUGCAGCCGCCCCACCUGUACGUGUGGCUGCAGCGCUUCCAGGGGGCGCUCCUUGCUAAAUUCAGCUUCUACUUCCAUGAGGCGCUGAGCCGCCAGACGGCGUCCGCAGACAUGAAGGCCCUGACGGCACGCACGGCCCCCGAUUACCACGGCAAGAUCUGUUCGUUUAUCCGCAAACACGAUGCCAACAAUGUCUCGCUGGUGUUCGACAACCGCGGCUUGGACAGCUUCCAGGGCCACGGCUACCACCACCCGCACUCGUACCGCGAGGUGCCCAAGGGGGUGGAGCAGUUCCCCGCCGUGGUGUCCCUUCCCGGGGGCGAGCGGCCGCUCACGCACUGGCCCAACGUCAUCAUGAUGAUGGGCGACUUCGAGGCGGAGCUCAACACGCCGGACAAGGUGGUACACUUCUAUGACGACAAAGUCCAGAGCACUUACUACCUGACCAGACCGGAAUCACACUUCACCCUGGUGGUCAUCUUCGACGGUAGGAAGUCCGAGAAGGACUCGCACAUCACCGCCUUCCUGCAGGAGAUCUCUGGCUCGCUGAGGAACUCCAAACCAUUCAGCACCCUCAAACCUGGCUCCAAGGGCUGAGAGAGAGAUGCCCUGCUUCAUAUACAUCAUAAACUGACUGUGUCCCCAUAAGGGGUAGAGGGGUGUGUGCGUGUAACGUUAUAACAGAGAGACGAGGCAUUGUUCCAGUUCCAUAGACCGGAUGAACAAGUUGUCUAAUCAUUAGGAAAGCUUCCAGUGACAUUUUUGCAAUGUUCUGAUUGGUUUUAGCUUCUUAAAAUGGGCGGCCAGGACCUUUUGCUUCACUACUUGAAAUAUAAUUAGAACCUCAACAUUAGCUUGUUUUAAUUCAGAGAAUGGCUUCAACCCGUGGUCCAACUGCUUGUUCUGUUGAGCAUCAUGAUUUGAAUCCUUUAGUUUGUUUUGUAAAAUCAGUUCCAGACCAAAGGAGAUGCGUCGCUGACGCAGUGUGGCCUUCUCACAGUGAACUGACUGAGACAUUUGACCUGAUUCUAUUCCAUCACAGGUUAGACAACUUCCUACCCGUCAGGGAUAUAAUGGUGCUAUGUACUGAAAAAGCCUUUGCUUAAUUUGUAUACUUUUGUUAACAUUGAUGUUUGUUUACCGUCAACAGAAGUGCUUAAUUAGUUUUUUUCCGGAGGUCAUCCUCUAUUUAGUUGUACUUAUUUAUCCGUUUAAUUCCCAAAUGACUGUAGAGAAAAGCUUAACGUUUAGAAAAGCAUGACGUGUGUGUAAGAGGUGAUGUCACACGUUUCGGAAGCUUCUUAAGACUGAGACAUUGCUGAGUGUUCAGACGGCCAACUGUAGCACAUCUCCAUCCCAGCCCCACACCCAGCAGGUGAUAAACAAGGCAAUAAUGAAGGCUCGACUAUGCAAAAUGCACUUGUUAGUUUCUUCCCUCUUUUUUUUUAUUUAUAAUAUAAAUACAACAUUGAUACUAUGCAUUUGGCUAUAAGAGCUCGUCUUUAGGAAGCUCAGGAGUUUCAGAUACAGCAACACUAACACACAAAACCAUUUCCUUUAAUUAUCAGACACAUUCAGAGAGAAGCCAACACCCCUUAAAAUGCACCUGUUCACAUGUUAUAAUGCUACAUGCCAAGUACACUAUUUUCCCUAUACAUCAAAGUGCAAUGUCACAAUAGAUUAACUCUAGGAUUCAUAAUUCAGUCUUCUACUAAAACAUUUGGAUUAUUUCAUUCUAAGUGCUGCUGCUCUUUGUUCAGGACAUGCGUGAGUGGAUUACAACUCCCCACAAAGACAAGGGUAAAAAAAAAGGCACUUUCACAUUGACACACACAAACCGAUGCACACCCAUAGCCCAUUCUCGGAGACACACAUCCCCAGGACUCCUCAAACACACACGCACACACAACAGUUCCCGACCCAGUAAAGAGGACACAUUCAGUGUGCUGUUGUUCAAGUGUAUUUUGGGCAUUUACACCCAAGAGCCCCACCCGGUUUGCUUACUGUGAACUUAAGGUUAUUUAGUGACUUCAGUGUAACACAAACAGACACACUAUAUUCCCACACACAAACUAAGUGCCAGCACACACGCACCCCUGUCCUGCACAUGUUCUGGUACUAAAGGCAGACAUGAAUAAUCCAUUUUAUCCACCAUCGCACUUACAAAGGAACAGAACGAGGGCAGGCAGAGGAAACCCACACAGACAAAGAGGGCAAUGGGGAAAGAAAGCACACAUACCCAGGCUGAGGGAAACGUACUCUACAAACUCCUAACCCACUGUACCUCCAAACGAUUUCCCCUGGCCUGAGUGUGUGUAUCGGUUGAACACAAGAGAAGGCUGUUUUCUAGUAGAGGGUUAACGCCACCGCCGGCCCUGUGACAUUAGUGCCCACUGAACAUUCAAUAGAGAGUUGAACAGUCGUAAUUAAAUACUGGAACAUUCAUUAAAAUAGCUGAACAUUGGUUAAAUAGAAUGUGAGUUUUGUCACCAAUGCCUCGAGAGGCUUCGGUUGAGGCAUUAGUGAGCUUAGCAGCGGAACCAAGUGAAAUAGAAAAUAAUAAAAAAGAUCAGACAUCC